AGAGAGUGUGUAACCGCAGAGAGAUCGAGCUCACUGUUGUGCAGAGGCAAUGGAAAACAAGAGAUAACACAUCGUAUAUUUCCGCCUCUUUUUCUUUUUUUCUUUUCUUUUGCUGUGGAAAAUUAAGCUGUGGACAGCUGAGGCAUUUAAAAAAAAAAGGUAAUAAAGCUGGAGAUGGUGAUGAAAGACGGGUGACAUCGAGAGUGAAAACAGCAAAGGGUCAUGGGAUGUGGCAUGGGAAAAUCCAAGCUGCAGCAGGAGAAAUGUGACAAAGUCAGCAUCUCCCAGUGCCCAGCAAUGCGAGCAGCACUAUUGAUCCAGCGGUGGUACCGUCAGUAUGUCGCUCGGCUGGAGAUGAGACGAAGGUGCACCUGGAACAUCUUCCAGUCUAUUGAAUAUGCAGGAGAGCAGGAUCAGAUAAAGCUCUACAGUUUCUUUGGCUUUUUGAUGGACCACUUCACCCCAGCCAGCAGUGAAAGAAACCUAAUAUCUCACAUCUUCCAUGAAAAUGAGAUCUGCCGAGAAACCGAAUGGGAGAAAUAUUUCUGCUACAAGGGCAUCGAGGUACCUGACAGCUACACCGGACCCCAUCUAACCUUCCCCAUGACUUUCUGUGGGGUGUCAAAACUGGUGGAGGCUUUUAAGCAAAAACAACAGCUCCACGCACGAUACGUUCUGCAGAUCCUCGGGGAAACAUGGAGGCUGCUAAGAGUUCUGCCAAACAUAAAUUAUGUCUCUGUCAGCCUUCCCCAAGAGAUCACAAUCUGUGGAGACUUGCACGGGCAGCUUGAGGAUCUGCUUUUGAUAUUUUAUAAGAAUGGUUUACCGUCGUCCGAGAAACCGUUUGUCUUUAACGGAGACUUUGUGGAUCGGGGUAAGAGCUCUUUAGAGAUUCUGCUCAUCCUGUUUGGAUUCCUGCUGGUUUACCCCAAUGAUGUGCAUCUGAACAGAGGGAACCAUGAGGACCACAUUGUCAACCUGAGAUAUGGCUUCACUAAAGAAGUGAUGGGGAAGUACAGGGUGCAUGGCAAGAAGAUACUGAAGCUUCUCCAGAAGAUCUUCAGCUGGUUGCCGGUUGCCACGGUGAUCAACCACAAGGUGCUAGUCGUGCACGGAGGCAUCUCUAACUCGACAGACCUCAAUAUAGUCGCCAAAGUGGACAGACACAGAUACGUUUCCGUCUUGAGGCCUCCUAAGAUGGUCCGUCAGGUUGUGGAUGACAGCAAGACAAUGAGCGGCCGGAACGGGGACUCCGGCAGACCAGCAGAGGGUCGCAGACGGGUGCGGUCUCUGACCGACCACAGGUCCGGUUUGGCUCAGCGGAGCGCCCCCCCGAGGCGCUCGCUCCACGACCUGCCGGUCAGCGGCCCGCUGAACCACUCCGUGGAGGACGAGCUCAGGAAGAGGCGCCGACUGGCCGGUUUCAACCAGUCCUACAGAGACACGAAGCCAUCGGACUCCGACUCGGACCCAGAGUUUGGGGAAGUGACGGAAAAAGACGGCCAUGAAUGGAAACAGAUAGUGGACCUGCUGUGGAGUGACCCAAUGCCCCAAAACGGCUGCGUUCCCAACAAGGUGCGAGGCGGGGGCUGCUACUGGGGGCCAGACGUCACCGAGGAGGUUUUGGGACGCCACAACCUCCAGCUCCUCAUCCGCUCGCACGAGUGCAAGCAGGACGGCUACGAGUUCUGCCACAACCACAGGGUGCUGACGAUAUUUUCGGCCUCCAACUAUUACGAAGUGGGGAGCAACAGAGGAGCUUACAUCAGGAUGGGCUCUGAUCUGGUCCCGCAUUUUAUUCAGUACCAGGCCAGCAGGACCUGCCGGGAACUCACCCUGAGACAAAGUGUCGGGUGGACGGAGAGAUCGGCCCUGAGGGCCCUUAGGGAGCAGCUGUUUGUCCACAAGUCGGACCUCAUCAGUGCCUUCCAGAUGUUUGACACCAACAACACAGGGCUGAUUUCUCUCAGGAACUGGGCCACGGCCACGGAGAGCGUGCUGAAGCUGGGUCUGCCUUGGAGGGUUCUGCGCGGUCAGCUGGUCAGCAGGACCCAGCAGGGCAUGGUGGACUAUCAGCAGUGGAUACGGGAGCUCUCCAUCACGGAGCCCAAACUGGAGGUGUCAGACACAAGUAUCCUGGAGACAAUGUACAAAAACCACUCCAACCUGGAAACCAUCUUCCGUAUAAUCGAUACGGACCACUCAGGUCUGAUCUCGUUUGAGGAGUUCCGUCAGACCUGGAAGCUCCUGAGCUCCCACCUGAAGAUGGAGAUCAGCGACAAAGCCAUCGCGGAUUUGGCCCAGAGCAUCGACUUCAACAAGGACGGCAGCAUCGACAUCAACGAGUUCAUGGAGGCCUUCCGGUUGGUGGACCUGUCGGCGCACACCUGGCAGCCUGAGAGCGGCUCCGUGGAGGUCCCGGUUUAGACCUGGAGACGUGUCCCCCAAAGACUGACCGCUUAGAAACACGUGACCAAACGCAUAGGCUGCCGGCACCUCGUUUAUUCAGGAGUAACAUAGGUAUUUUCUACCUCUUCCUAGCUUUUCUACCACCUUUAUUUUUUUGUAUUUCAAAGGUUGUCUGUAAAUUGAUGACUGUAGAUUUAGAGGGUGAAUAAAA